GGACGGUGGCCGGGAGGCGUCUCGACAGCUCCCUGUGCUCCUGGAAUUUCGACUAACCAGUCGCGGCCCGCCGGGAGAGAGGAAGACAGCAGAGCCGGGCGUCCCGUCCCUGCGGCUUGAGUUCAUAACUGGAUCUGCUGGCGAUAAGAUCCAAGGCGCGUGAAAUUUGCUGUCGCACCCACUGGAUAUGGUGAGGCAGACUUUGAUAACAGAACUGAAAAACUUUCAACAUUUCCUCAAGAUGCAGAGAACUUGACUCUUCCUGAUUCUUGCAAGUGAUUUCAACAACAGCAGUUCGAAUCAUCCAGUGACAAACUAUCCUGAAGAAAUUACUUGGAAUUCAAGAUCAAAAUCAGAAAUUAUGUCCAGUCAGCCAGUCAAUAUUAUUGAUAUUGGAAAGCGGAAGAAGAAAAAGAGAAGAACCAGGGCUACAAACAGCCUUACUGGAAAGUUUGAAGAUUUGUACAAAUUGACUGAUGAACAUCUAGGCGAAGGAUCCUAUGCCAAGGUCCGAGGCUGUGUCAAUUUACACAGUGGAAAAGAAUGUGCUGUGAAGAUAAUUGAGAAGAAAACAGAUCUGAGCCGAAAUAGGGUGUUCCGUGAAGUGGAGACUUUAUACCAAUGUCAGGGAAGCCAGAACAUUUUAGAACUGAUUGAAUUUUUUGAGGAUGAAGCACACUUCUACCUGGUGUUUGAAAAGAUGCGUGGAGGUUCCAUCUUGACCCACAUCCAGAGAAGAAAGUACUUUAAUGAGAGAGAAGCAAGUAUUGUUGUGAAAGACAUUGCAUCUGCUUUGGAUUUUCUGCAUACCAAAGGUAUAGCGCAUAGAGAUCUGAAGCCAGAGAACAUCCUUUGUGAAUUUGCAGAACAGAUAUCCCCAGUGAAGAUUUGCGACUUUGACCUUGGCAGUGGGGUAAAGUUGAGCAGCGCAUGUACUCCCAUUUCAACGCCUGAGCUGAUGACGCCGUGUGGUUCUGUGGAAUACAUGGCUCCUGAAGUCGUAGAGACGUUCACAGAGGACGCAUCAUUUUAUGAUAAACGUUGUGACUUAUGGAGCCUUGGAGUAAUACUGUACAUCAUGCUGAGUGGCAACCCACCCUUCGUGGGGAACUGUGGAACAGACUGCGGCUGGGACAGAGGCGAGGCCUGCAUGGCUUGUCGGAACAUACUAUUUGAGAGCAUACAGGAAGGUAAAUAUGAGUUCCCUGAGAAGGAUUGGGCUCAUAUCUCUGAUGGGGCCAAGGAUUUGAUUCGUAAGUUGUUGAUGCGUGAUGCAAAGGAUAGGCUCAGUGCUGGACAAGUUCUUCAACAUCCCUGGGUGCAGGGGAAUGCGCCAGAAAAACGUCUGCCGACACCACAACUACUACAAAGAAACAGUAGCACAAAGGACCUGACUGAUUUUGCUGCAGAAGCCAUUGCCUUCAACAGACAGCUUUCACAGCAAGAUGAGGAGAUGCAAGGGGAACAGGAAGCGAUCAUCAAGACUGUUUGUUCUAUGCGACUUUCCCCUCCUUCCAAUUCCAAACUUGCCAAACGCAGGGCCAAGACACAGGCUGAGAAAACCUCACAAUGGCAGUUACUCGCCUCAACAAUGAGUGUCUGUGAUGGGACUUCUUGAUAUAUAUCGAAUAGAUUUUAUCCAAUACAGAACUGCACUGAUGUAAUGGCAUAGUUUAAUAGUUAGUACCAGACUGCUCAUGUUUCUGUGGUUUUGGACAUGAGUUGUGUAGUUCUUCAAUCUAUGAAAGUUCUAAUUUAAAGGAAACAUGAUUUACCUGCUCAACCAAGCAGCUAAGUUUAAUAUUUUUGUACAAUGAGAGGUUAUAGGAUAAUAUUUUUAAACAUUGUACAUUGUUAUAAACAUAUUUAUUUUUUAUUUUAACAUCUGGCCAUUACUUUAAAUACUUUUAAGUUGAACUUCCUGAAAGAUAAAAAUAAACAAAAGCUGAUUCGGGGAUUCAUCAAAAGAAAGGAGAUUACUCUUCAGGUCAAUGCAAAGCAUUUACUUAGUCAGUCACUUUAUAUCUCAGAUUUCAGUGUUCAUAUUUCCUGUAUGUGUACCACUACACUUACCAAGUUGCACAUCAUUUUGCCAAUCAUGACCCUGAUCUCCCAACACAUCAUGGUCUGUCUGCCUUAAACAGUCUCUGAGCAUCCACCAUCCCACUGCUGACAUGAUGGCAUAUUUUUCAAAUUUUCACAUUGUGACCCCAACAACUACAUCAAGAUCUUUGAAUUGAUUUAUUGUCAUGCAUAUUUAUAACAAAUACAGUAAAAAGUGUUGUUUCACAUCACUACUCUCCAGUGCUAUCUUCAAACACAGAAAAUAAACCAAAACAUAGAAUAUAAAGCCAGAAGAAUAAAACAAUAAUGUCAUCUUCUAGUCUUAUCUCAAUAAAUUUGGAACAGUUCCUGCUUCUAGUUCAGCCAUGGGCCUGGAUUUGGGAUUCGAUCAUUAUCUACCUUGAGAGGUUUAGCAGUACUAUACGUUAAUUUCAGCUAAGGGAAUCCAUAUUGGAGAUAAUAUUUACAUGGUAUGUGUGUGUUUGGCCUACUGGGAAUGAAGGUUUUAUUCAACUUUGGAGAAAGCUGACUUUGUAUUUAGGUCGAAAGUAUAAUAAAGAAUGCAUCUGACAGUUGCAGGUGAAGAGUU